AUGGCGAUCACUGCGAGAUCAGAGAAACGCUCUUCAGAGCAGGUCUUGAUUCAUUUCAUCAGUAAAAACGAUCGCUCAGCUUCUGCGAUUGUGAUCGGUAGGCAGGAUUCUAUCUAGGAUUUAUCAUUUGGGGGAGAAGUCCUGAGUGGCCGAAGGCGACAAGCCUCCUAGAGGGGUCCGCCCCCCCCCCGGAUGAAAUCUGGUGCAUUUUGAGACAAUUUUGAGAAGCUUUAUAGUGUGUGCACUAACCUCGCCGCGUCUUGAUGAUUUUUUCGAUAUAGUUACUUAUAUAAUGUAAUGAUAACAAUAUUUUUUGGGGGGGAGGCUGGGCAUUUUGGGGGGGAAGCUUUUACCCUUCAAAUACCCUAGAUAGAACCCUGGUAGGGUGCAGGCAAUGGCCAGAAGACGAUGGAUGUUUGGGAAAGCAUCUUCAUCGCAAGCGUCAAGUGCUAGUAAAAGAUUGUUUGGAAGCUCCCUAUCUGUUGACUGCCGGAGUGUUUUCCAUCUGCCUACCACAUUUCCAAGGGAUUUGGGAAAUGUAAUGUCUUUCUCCCAGAACAGCAUGCCUUCUACUUUA